AUGGAACCGAGCGGAGGCCAAGCAGCGCAUCGCAGCCAUCAAGCGGUUCCUGCCGACCCCGGUGUCCGCACAGAAGGCGCCGGUGGAGCCAACGAAUUCUUCCGUGUUGCUCCGCUGGAAGUCCGGUUGUCAUGCAGCGAGUCGGAGGCUGCCAAGGAGGCUCUUGAAGCCGAUGAUCAGGCAGAUGGUCGCGCGACUGUGCUGACUUUGUGCCAGGGUCGGCCACCGGUGCCGCAGCCUGACCCGGACCGAACCUCGACAUUGCCCGGAUACCCACGCGCUGUGAGCGAUGCUGUGCUCAAAGCCAUGGAGCAGAACCCGAUCUUCGAGGGCUGCGCUCCCGAGCUACUCGAGGUCCUCCUGCGAGAGUCCAAGCGCAAGCGCUUGGCACCGGGCGAGGUUUUGAAGCUGACGGACUGUGGGCCCUUGUACCUGGUGGAGACGGGCGCGGUGCGCUUCCAGGUGGGGGACGAGAAGCAGACGUCCAUACAGGGCCGGGGCCUCUUUGUCAACGGCACCGGCUUCCUGCGACUGCUCGCCGAGGCCAAGGUCUUCAAGCAGCGGCUUGGAGCGAGCGGUGUAGCUUUACGGCCAAAGGCAGCCCGACAGCAAGGCUAUGAUGUGCACGGAUACGGUGGCUUGCCGCCUGCUAUCUACCUGGACUUCCGUGGUCCACCACAGCAACCGGAGGAGUACAGUGGCCCAGAUGAUGUGACCAUGGCCUUCUUCAACACAUGCCCGUACUCCUGCAGGAUGAGCUCGGAUCCUCCGAUUGUACAGGGCUGGCUUAGCUUGACCGUCAGUGGAGCUGCUGCCGGUGAACAACCUGCCAAGGCGGGUGCUGCCCUGCCGGGCGGUGGAGCCACAGUCUGCGGCUCAGGGCCUCUGCAGAAGAUUCAAGACAUGCUUGAUCGGAAGAUGGGGGAGGCCGAGGUUACACUGAAGAUGCUCGGCAACUUCGGCCUGAACUGCCUCUUGGCCGAUGAAAGUCCGUACGAGCUGAUGAGCAGGUUCAUCAUGACUGUGUUUCCGGGCGCGCCGUUCGAGGCUGUUUACAUGCUCGCAGAGAGCGGGAAGCGCUGUCAAGUCCCGAAGGGCUCGAAUGUGGUGGUCGAGGGUGAGACUGGAGAGGACGCAGAUGCAUUGGUCCUCAUUGUGAACGGGGUUGCAUCCGUGCUGAAGAAGGUGCAGGAGGUGGACGGCACAGCUGAACAACAGGUCCGCGACUAUGCGAGGUUUUUAUUUCAGGAAGGGCCGUGGCUGGUCUUUGUGUUUUUUCACAACUUGGCGGAGGUGGUGGGACGUCUUCGGGCCGGCGCCAUCAUCGGCGACGUCAGCUUGAUUGGUGCCUUGGUGCCCCGGCCCGCCACUGUCCGCGCCAAGACGGAUGUGGAGGCCGUCGUGCUUCCCGGCCGCGCCAUUCUGAACGUUCUGGCGGUGUUUCCGGCAUUGCUACAUCCCGCGACAGACAGGCUGGUGGACGUGGCGGAGUGCAUAAAGGAGCGGCUCCUUACGAAGACGGAAGUGGCAAGCUCGCUGAACUUGUUCUUUGGCUGCGAUUUGGGAUUCGUCAACGAUGUCGCCAGCAGCGGGGAGCGGCGCCUGCUCUUUGCCGGCGAGACCGUGGUGCAGCAAGGCGGCACAGAAGGGACUCUUUUUGUCCUCGAGCAUGGCCGCGUGAGCAUCCAGGUUGCGGGGCUUGGAGCCGUGAACGAAGUACCAGCUGGAAACUGCUUCGGUGAGCGCACGUUGCUGGGAAUCGCCAAGGAGGCCAAUGCCACCGUCCGCGUGUUCACACCGUUUGCGCUGGUCCUGGCAAUCGGAAGGCCUUCGCUGCACAAAGCUCUCAAGAAGCACCCGGUCGAGACGGAGCACUUCGAGAAGCUGAAGACGUCCCCGCAGGGUGGGCGGAUCUCGGGAAGCAAGGUCCGGCACGUGGAGCUGUUCCGUGCUUGCGGGACAGGCUUUCUCGAAGCCUUGAAUGCCCGCGUGACCUCUGCGAUGUACCUGCACGGCCAGACCAUCGUCGUGGAGGGUUGCAUCGAGCAGGAUCCUUGCAUGUUCGUGUUGUCAGGUGGCAUUGUCGUUGCAGAGCGCGGGGGCUGUGCCAUCGCACGGAUUUCGCCUGGGGCAACGUUUGGAGAGCUGGCGAUGUUGGGCCAAUCGCCUGAGCGUGCUGUCACUAUCCGAGCCGUGACCCUCUGCUUCUUGAUGAGCAUCCAGUCGUCAGUAUUUCAUCAGGCCCUGGAGCAGUUCCCAGAGGAAAAGGAGCGCUUCAGCAACGACAGCCUGGAGGGGCAGAAGGAAGGGCCCAGAGUGGUGUGGCCUUGCCUGAGAGGAGAGUCUUCGCGCCUGCUGUACCUGUUGGAUCUCUAUGCAGAGAAGUUGUCCUGCGAGAUGGGUGACCGGCGCCUUGGCCAGGCACCCCUGAACGAGGCCGCAAUCUUGAUUCUGGAUGGAGAAGUUUCGGUGCUGACGCGAGAAGGGGAGGAGCUCCAAGUUCUUACUGCGGGCUGCUGCUGGAACGAGCGCGUGCUCAUCCCCUCUCACUGGAAGUUCUGUGUGUUUCUGCGUUCUUUGUAUGUUCUUUGUGUCCUUGCCCAAGUCCGACCUGCUCGGGUGCAGAUCCUGGCUGGGGCCAGAGCCAAGCAGACGGAGCGUCUGGUGCGCAUCGUGACGCGGGAGACCUGGGGCAAGGUCAUGGCCGAGUUCCCCAGUGAUCUGGGCAAAGUGCGGGGCUCCAUUCUCCGUUACAUGGGCGAGCAGGCGGAGAAGCGCCUGGGCUACCCGCCAGGGUCGCCGGCUCUGCUGCAAGAAAAAACGGCAUUCUUCUCGGCUGUCUCGCCGGAAUUUGCCAGACUGGCACGGGAGAUGGCUGAGACGAGGAUUGUGGAGCCUGGCUGCGACAUAGUGCCGGAGUCCUUGGUGAACGAGGUGGUCGCAUGCCGACAUCCGGAGGAGGAGUCGGCGGCCUCGACGCCAUCGAGGAGUUUGAGGCUGGAGAAGUUCCAGCUGCUAGAGGAGGUGAGGGAAGGGGAAGACGACGACGAGGAGGAGGAGAUGUACGUCUUCUUGCAUGGCUCGGCCAUUUGCUACAGCUCCCUCACAGGCGAGCGGAGCUGGAGGCACGGCGAGGUCAUUGGCGAGGGCGCCUUUGCAGGAGCCACCAGGCUCUAUCCAGCCAGGAUCGUGGCCGAGAGCGUGUGCUUGAUCCAGGUGCUGAGGAGGAAGGAGAUCUUCGAGGCCAUGGCCGAGCGCGAGGGCCGGGACAAGGAGCUGGACCGUCUCGUGAAGGAGGUGUGGGCGCAGAGGGGACUUGGAGAUUGCUGGAUGUCCUGGUGCCAGUAUGAUACCCCGGUGUCGAACUCUGCGCAGCCCUACGGCAUGACGCAGCUCCGGAAGAGGCUGCAGCGCAGUUGGUCCUUCCGUAAUGCCCAGCCGGGCUUCGCCAACUCCCUGGUGACGCUCCCGGAUGUGGUGCUCUUCCCUCCCAACCACCUCAUCACAGAACAGGGCGACGAAUGCAAGCUUGGGCAGAGCGACAUGUUCCUCGUGCUGGCUGGACGGGUGAGGGUUGAGGGCGCAGUCGGAACGCACUUCAGCACCGUGGGAGCUGGUCAGGUCUUCGGUGAGGUGGGCGCCUUCGGCCUCUCGAAGCGGCGCACGGCCAGCGCGCGCACCUGGGAGGAGGGUCUGGUCUGCUGCCUGCGCUUCCGCGGCUCCGUCGUGAAGGCCGCCGCCUUCGCGUUCCCGCUGGACAAGGACAAGCUCGCAACGAUUUGGAAGCGGACGGAGCUCAAGAACCGCAGCACGGAGCUGGAGCGGCGGGAGUGGAUCAAGGCGACGGCGAUCCCUGCGCUGGCACAGACGCCCUUGCUCGGUGGCUGUCCACCGUCUUUCUUCCACAGCUUGGCCGUGCUCCUCAAGGAGCAGACCUACAAACCCGAGUCCUGCAUUGUGAAGUGUGGCGAGAAGCUGGAGAGUAUGAUGAUCUUCAUCCAGGGGGCGGCCCAGAUGAAGACGCGAGUCGGCGACGAGAUCGGGCUGAUGCGUAAAGGCUCCAUCUUCGGGGAGGCAAAUGGGCUGGGCCUCUUCCAAAGCUCUAUGGCCACGGUGCAGGUCCUGCAGGAGCGGUGCCGGCUACUCUUGCUGCCGCACGUGGCCAUGUCGCAGGCGCUUGCAGGCGUAGCCGCCAAAUCCGAGGGAAUUACCGAUGCGUUCCAGAAGCUGGUCACUGGCCGGCGCGAGCAGGUCGAGCGCGGGGUUCCCCUCUGCGCCAUGAACAUCUUGGCCCAAAAGAAUGACGUCCGAGUGCGAGCCAUCGCGCUGGUUGCGGAGCGGGCUGACUUGGAGACUGGCGAGGAAUGGCAGCCCAUCGCUGACUCCGAGCCUUCGGGGCCCUUCUUCGGCGUACUUGCAUCAGGGCGGGUCAUGGUGGAGAUUGGACCGGACCGUCACAUCGUGCUGCAGCUGACUGCCGGCAGCAUAUUCCCCGAGGGACUGUUGGCAACCUAUGGCGCAGUAUGUCGAGCAGAAACCUACUGCGAAGCUUACAGAGUGCGGUGGCAUGACUUCUACAUGGCUGUUGGCUUGAGCACGCCGGCGCCCAAUGACUGGUUCUGGAAGUUCCGGGUGCAAGAGAAGGCAACCGUGGAGCGCCUCACGCGGAGGCUGCAGUCGGUACAAGGCCUCCUCGACGUGAACCUUCCACAUGCCAAGGACGACGAGAUCAAGGCCUGGAAGGACCAGCGAGGCCAACGCUUGAGCCAGGCGAAGAAGAACGACGUGGAUUUCGAGGCCCUCUCACGUGCUCCCCUGCCUCUGUUAGGCAAAGUGCCUGGCUCAGGUCCUGAAACGAGAUUCAAUGAUUCAAAGGGAUCUGAUGUCUCGUUGUCGUUGCAUCUGCAGAGCUCCGCUUUGAGGCCAAGAAGCCCUUGGAGCUCAAGCCCAGGACCGUGUUGUCCCGCGAUCUCCCAUGCAUCAGCCUGCCAAGAUGCCUAA